UUUCGAUCGGAACUAAGACGUAAUGUCUGAUUCACCAUGACACACGAUGUAUGGCGCAAUGUUUACCUAUUGAACAUUUUUUCAAAACACCACGUAAUACUGAAAUACUGAAACUAUUUAUUCAGCUGUUACCUACCGAUUAUAAAGCUCAAUAAAUUGCGAAAAAAAAUCGUAAAAACGUCCCCGUGUAAGAAAAUUCAACCCAUACCUAGGUAUACGUAUUCUAUGCGUGUCUUCUCGCAGAAGUACAAUCGCGAAGAUUACGAACGAACGUAUGAUGAGAUUUUACGUGGCAUUCUUCAUAAACGUACUCUUGUUCAAUUAUGUAUCCGCGCAAUACGAUGCGUUACCAAUACUGGACUACUCGUAUCAAGAUGAACCACCGCAACAAGACGUUUCGAUCACAGCAUACGCAUGCGGAGCUGAAAAUGAAAAACAAACUACCAACUUGAUAACAGCUUCCAAAAAUAAAAAAAAAGAAACACUCAGAUUACCGUAUUGCGUAUUUACUCGAUCCGCUGACGAUUCAACCGGUAACAGCUCAACUUGCCCAACAGAAGUAAAACCGAUUUUCGUUCCAACAAAAAAUAAAAAAGACAAAAGUUUGGCCAGCGAUGAAGAGGAACGAAACCCAUUCGUCAGUUGUGGCACUUCAGACACACAAAUCAUGCAUACAUUUGGAUUUUACCGUUGCGGAAGUAGACAAAUUUUGAAAGAAUUUCACAGGAGAGAAGUGCGGAAAGAUCCCAGUACGAAGUUAGACAUGAAAAGAUCAGUCACUCCAUUUUAUAAAGCAUGCUACGAUACUUCAACUAACGAAACCAUAUGGACAAAGCAUUCAGUCACGACACCAGUGGUAUUCGAUAGAGUCAAAAUAGAGACCAAGGAACCAAUCAAACAAGAAAUAAGCGUCGAUCCGUUUGGAACAUGGAAUGCUCCUUUUCAAAUUUUGAAGGAAGCUUACGAAUCUGAAAAGCUGAAAGAUCCGGCCAAACAUGACAUAAUGCUGCCUCAACCAUUGGUACCUCCCGAACACUUCGCAUUCUAUGUAUGGAAAAAAACCACCAAUCACAUCUUGAACAUGGCUCCACUUUGGGAGAAACUUGUUCCAGUCAUGUCCAUCGUCAAUAGAAGUUUACAAGAGGCUCAAAUGAGACUUUAUUUCUGGAAACCUUUAGAAUACAGCAAGUUGAUAAUCUACACCAAGGUGGAGAGUAUCGCGACAGCCAACGAAACACCAGACAAUCCGGAAGGAGAUGAAAUCAAAGCGGGCAGUGUCCCGAGUCCGACAAAUGAUGCACCAAUCGGAUCUCACGGGAGUGAUAUGAAAAAGGAGAACGUUCCAAUGUCUCAGGAAAGUGAUAUUAGAAUGGAUAGCGUUCCAAUGUCUCAGGGAAGUGAUUACAUGAUGGACAGUGUCCCGAUGUCUCAAGGAAGUGAUUACAAAAUGGGCACUGCUCCAAUGUCGCAGGGAAGUGAUUACAAAAUGGACAGCGUUCCAAUGUCGCAGGGAAGUGAGUACAAAACGGAGAGCAGCGUUCCGAUAACAGAUGCGCCAAUCGAAUCCCAGGACAGUGUCUUUAUAGACAGUCUAUCCACACAAGGAACACUAACCCAACCCGAGGAACCUCAAUUGGAGCCACCUCGUUUGAACCCAAAUAUUUGGUGCAAGUUUAUCUACGACGAAAACGAACGCGAAGGAUUGCUCAUUUAUAUCCAUAAUACACCCCCGAAUACGCCUCAAAUUGCUCCAAAAUGCGCUGAGCCAGUUGUAUGCGAAUUUAACAAAUGGCCCGGGGGAAAAGAGAACCCGGACGAGUCCGUAAUCGAGAAUGCGCGAAAAUAUGCGUAUUGUUGUCCAGCGAAUUCCGACGUGGUCAAAGAAAUUUUUUCAAUCGACGUCAAGAUCGAGGGGACAUUAGAUUUGAAUUCGACAAUAACCAAACUUAUUGGUAAACGUAGAAGAAGUAAUUCCAAAAAAUUAAAGAUGAGUUCUUCGAUAGGUGGAUCGAGUUCGAAAAAAGGAGAGGCGAAGGAGAAAAAGAAGAAAACGAGCGACGUAAAUGAUCCAUAAUUAGAUAAUAAACCAGAUGACAUUCCAAUUUUGGGAACUGUUUGUUUCGCCGCGGACGUUUCGCCGCGGACGUUUCGCCGCGGACAUUUCGCCGCGGACGUUUCGCCGCCGCCGAAAAAAGGUCAUUUAUGAAAAAGCGAUCGUUUCGCCGCCACAGUGAAACAUUACGUAAUGAUAAAAAAUGAAAUUAUGUUUGAUAAAAUUAUAAGUAGAUAUGUAAUUAGAAAAUUAUUCACAUUUAUGACAUUCGGGGAUGAGCCCCCAAACGAUUUUUUUCAGGUUCUGGGUUUCGGAGCUUGGGCUUUCAAUCAAAAAUUUAUCAGGUCUUGAGCUAUGGAUUGGGGCCCAGGAAACUUUGGGUUUGGGUUUCAGGGCUCAGUGUCCAGGGCUUGAAUGAAGUGUUCAGGGCUAUUCCGGGGUUUUUCAGGGCUUGAAAUUGAGGGGUUCCUUGGAAAAGGGGCCUUAGUCUUUUUUUUUGUUUUUUUUUCAUUUACAAUUUUGAAUGUAUGAAAAAUUAUUUUUUAUAUUAAUUUCACCAUAUUCAGUGAUACAUAUAUUGAACUGUCUUCCAUGAGAAAAAAACGUAAAACGAAUUGGAAAAUGUUAGCUUGUAAUAAAAUUUUGCAAGUGCAUUUGUUCCAUGGAACCCCUCAAUUUCAAGCCCUGAAAAGCCCCGGAAAGCCCUGAACACUUCAUUCAAGCCCUGGACCCUGAAAGACCUGGACUACUGCCUUCAUCACAGAACAUCUCUCAUUCAGCACGUACUUAUCUACUUCUCAUUUCAGUUCAUUUCAUGUAUGAACAGCUGUGUAUUUUGUAAUACGUCACCGUGGCGGCGAAAUGAACGCUUUUUCAAAAAUGACCCUUUUUCGGCGGCGGCGAAACGUCCGCGGCGAAACAAAUGGUACCCUCCAAUUUUGGGUAUAAAAGUCAGGAAUUUUGAAAAUAUUCGAAUCAUUUCUAUACUCUAAGUUAUACUUUUACUUUAAUUUCUAGAAAUAUUUUUUUUUCUUUCAAUUUUGUCCAAUUUAAUAAUGAAAUAAGCACAAUAAAAUACACCUCGGGUAAAAAUAA